GAGAAUUGUGGGAAUUCAAUGGCGCCUUGCAGAUAAAAGGCAAGUUGACAGUUACCUGCAACUUGUUGUUUAUUUACAUAAUUAAAGACUCUAGAGGACAAAAUAAGUGAACUACAAGGUCUUUAUAAAAUCAUCUACACUCAUGAUCAAGUACUUUGUUAUGGGAUUACGCGGUUUCUUUUUGCUGGCUGCUAAAAUCUGGAGUUUCGUUUGCUAUUGCUUCAAAAGACAGGCCAGGACGGUUAUACAACAUCAAACAGUUAGAUAUGAAGUUAUACCUCUAUCACCACUAUCCAAGCAUAGGCUUAGUAUGCUUAAGAGGAAGACAUUAGUACUUGAUCUAGAUGAAACACUGAUACAUUCUCAUCAUGAUGGCGUGUUAAAGCCGACAGUUAAACCUGGAACCCCACCCGAUUUUGUCCUUAAAGUUAAUAUUGACCGACAUCCUGUACGAUUUUUUGUACACAAGAGACCACAUGUGGAUUAUUUCUUAGAAAUUGUAAGUCAAUGGUAUGACCUAGUGGUGUUUACAGCCAGUAUGGAAAUCUACGGAGCAGCUGUGGCGGAUAAACUGGACAAUAAUAAAGGCAUACUGCGGCGCAGGUAUUAUAGGCAGCACUGUCAUUUAGCAGAAGGCAGCUACACCAAGGAUUUAUGUGAUAUCUGCAGUGACCUUUCCAGUAUAUUUAUACUUGACAAUUCACCAGUGGCAUAUAGAAAUUAUCAAGAUAACGCUAUCCCUAUACGGUCAUGGUUCAGUGACCCUACAGACACCGCUCUUCUCUGUUUGCUACCAAUGCUGGAUGCGUUGAGGUUUUGUAACGAUGUGCGAUCAGUGCUUAGUAGAAACUUGCAUCUACAUCGGACAUAGCCCAGCUGGAAUGCAAUCAUCUUUGUGGACAUCUUGUCAUCUUCACUGUAAUAUAGAGCCUUGUAUGAUCAUACUUAUACCAUACACACACGCACGUACACCCUACAUAUCAGCCCCCUAUAUACAUAGUCUAUCCCCUAAACACCUCACCUCCUUACAUAUCAAAUCUAUUGACAAUGUAUACACCUAUAUCCCUCCCCAAAACUAAAUUCUCCUUCUCCUUCCCCUUACAACAUCAUCCUAUACCUAAUACCUACCAUUCUAUCUCUUGUGACUUUUUCUUAAUUACAUACACCAGAUAUCCUUCCUGUCCAUCAUUCAACAUUUUACCGCAGACUUGGUUGAGAUUGGCGUUUCGGAAAGCAUGUAUGACUUCACAACACAUGUGGUUUAUAUGUGUUUUGCUGCAGGGCAUUGCUGGAAAAACCAUGGUUAUAAUUAUUUUCAAAACACAAUUUGAUUUUCAAAUAUGACACAUGACUAGCUAGAUGCUAUUCUACAAUUCGGCUGAUCUACAAUAUAGCCAACAGAACAGAUGUGUCUGAAAAACUUGUCCUUAAAGCUAGCUGUACCGUAUGCAUGUGUCAAAGGUUGUGUUAUCAGGGAAUUUUCAUACAUAUAAAUUUUCAACCUGUUUGAAGCUUUCAAUGAUCUCCUAGUGUAGUGUCAAUGGCUUUUAGAUAUAUAUCACGGAUUUAGUUCACGUAGAUAUUUAAAAGAAUUUGUGGCAUAAAUUUUCCUAAGUAGGAGUAGAAACAUUGGUAUGUGUAGGUUUGUCAUACUCCUUGACUGAUAAUUUGCAUACGUAGCUGAGAUUACAGGGUACGGUGUAUACCCCUUGUCACAGUCACAGCACUGUGUCGGGUGUACUUCAGGGUUACAACAUUAUAGACGUCCUUUUCUCUAUCUUCAAAAUCCAAGAAGCUGCUCUGGAAAUACACAUUUUCUAAAACCCUUGGGAUAUGUCACAACAAAAUCGAAGGCUCUUCAUAUGACACCUUGUUGAUGAGACAAUAGACUUAGUCUGAUUUCUUUGGGGUACAUGAUAGAAAUUUUACGGCUGUGUAGCGGGGAAAUUGACAGGUAUUGAAGGUAGGUGUGCCUCUUCUGUAAUCCUCAGAAAACAGGUAUCGGCUAGUAAUUGGUCAGGUUUGUAUACCUGAAUCGAUAAAAAAGCUGCGUCCUGGGGUGCAGAGGGAAGAUAUGUGUAUGAAAAGUAGAACUAUUUGAUUUCUAAGAUGCCUUUUCUAGUUUUGACUAGUACUCCCUGUUUGUGCCCGUUGACAUCUUAAGAAUAAUCUCUUUGCUGUACAACAUUCAUGAAUGAUUGUAAGGAUUACAUUCUAUCUACAACAUAAUCAUUUCUGCAAGUUUGCUUAGAAUUCGACUAUCUUAUCUUUUUUUCAGUAUAUAAAGCAUCAAGAUUUAUUUGCUAACAGAAUUGGUCACAUAAUAAUUGAGGAAAAAAAUCAGACACCAAUGAAAAUUAUUGAUAUUAAUUUCUAAAACAACUACUCUGUCAUAUGUUCUACCUCAUCAAAACACCUCAAAUUAUCUCCCUUUGUUGUACCUACACUUGUGUGGUUCACAGAUCCAGAGGAAAGUCCAGCAUUUAUUUCAAAGGCAAGGUAUUAAUGUCCACUGUUAAUAUCAAAGUUGUUGUAGCUUACUUUUGAACACUUUCAGCAUUUUGUGCAUGUGGGCUUAAUGAACUAAGUACAAUGUGUGAUGGUCAAAAAUGGCAGUGAAUUAUGACCGUUAUGAAUAAUGAAUUCACUCAUUCACCCCUGAAGAUGCAUUUGAACUCUUCCAAUUCAAAGGUUGGAAUAGUUCAUUAUUAAACUUCAGGGGUGAAUGAUUUAAGUGUUGGUGUUUAUUCUGUAUCUUAUACUUCCUUUUGCCUGUGAUUAUGAUGAGUUGAAUGUAAGUAGUGAAUUUGAUGUUUCUAAAAUUGCAAAUUGAAUGGUUUUGAACAAUUGUGUGCAAAUGCAUUUUUUUUGGUCAAGUAUAAUCUCCUUAAAAGAAUUCACCUGUAAAAUAUCUUUAUGGUUUAUAAAUGUUUGGAAUUAGUAGAUUGUAUAUUUUUUUUUAAACAUACACAGGAAUGCAUACAUUGAUAAAUCUGUGAUAUUUCUGAAGUGACAAGGUUUUAGGUGAGGAUACCGAUAACUACACCGGUCACAUCUAACAUUUAAAGUAGACAAUUUCUCACACCUUAGCCAGGGAUAUCCCAUGUUUUACGCCAUGCUAGAUGUUAUGAUAUCAUCCGAUCUGUGAAACACCUUUACGUGUUUAUGUAUGGCACCAAAUAUCAAAUGUCAAUGUAAUCAUUCUCGCACUUAAACAGAUUAAUAACCUAUAUUUGAAAUAUUCUGUAAUGGCGUUCAGUAUAUUGCCUUUGGUGUUAUUUAAUUCGCAAUAUAACAUACAUACGAUAAUCUACAUCAUGAAACAAGUGCAGAUGCCAUUUUAAAUUGAGGCCCCAGAUGGGAUAAUUGUAAACCACGUUAAAAUUAAAAUGGACUAAUAAGGAGGUACGAGAAAAAAAUCAAUUGCCUGUAACUGAGAGAGAUUAAGGCUCAGAUUCUGUAACAUCCCAACCUAGGCUUGCCUGUAGAUUAGGACUUUGUAAUUUAAACUUAACCCUUGACUGAAAUAACCUAAUCUCACUCAGUUACAGGGUAUAGGUCCUACUGUUCUGUUUGAGGGGUUUAGUACUGUUAACGUCAAGGCUGUAGGGGGAUUGUCUCUGCAGAGUUUUUGCAACUAUACCAGGGAUGUAAUUAGGGAUUCGAAAAAAGGUGGAGUUCUGAUGAAAAGGUAGCAACCUACCUAACCUCCAUAGAAAAUCAGUAUUAUUUAAUAUUUCAAAUCAAAUCAAAGUCUUUUAAAUAAAAGAAAAAAUUGAGGAAACAAAAUCUUUGAUAAAUAAUUGCAUCCCUGAUAUACCUGCUAUUUUAUGUCAAACAAGUGUUAAGAUAUAUAGUUUAUAGAUUAAGUGUAAUAGGCUUGACUAUUGAAUACAGAAUGACAAAGUCAUCUGUUAGAUAGGUGUGCAUUAUUGGUGCGAAAUUUGUGUAAUACAGGGGAAAGUGCUAUGGGAAUUACUGUAAUAAGGAAUGUUAUCACACAGAAAAACCGGCAACUUAUUUAAACAUAAAAUUUAAGAUCAAAAUUAAUUUCUGUUAAAAUUCACAUUUCAGAUAAAGAUUUUUUUCACUUAUAUUAAUUUCUAAAAAAAAUACGUAAAAAUAUGUGUGCAAUAUUAAAUUUGUUUGUCUCAGUAACUACAAGGGGAGUAAAUUAAAUUAAUAACAAGAAUGGUACAAACAAAUUCAAUCAAUCUGUAGCAUAAACCAGACUUGAAUAACAAGAAUAUACACUAAACUGAUUCAUCAACUCCUUUAUAUUUGAAAUAUAUAUAUAUAACCUUGACCUUGAUUCAAGGUCAUCGUUCCAACAAGCAAGUGAAGGCUGUGUGGUGUACAAGAUGAUGAAUAUACAAGUUUCCAUUUUUUUGUAUAGAUGGGUAAAUUGUUAUGUAUAUACUGUGUGCUCCAGACUCCAAUGGAGUGCUUUAUUAGCAUUGAAAUAUAUAACAACUUUGUUGAUUUUGUUGAUUGAGUGUGAAAUGUAAAAAGCAUUAUUCAAUAUUUUACGGUUAUUUUGCUAUUAUUUUUUUCAGUGAUAUGAGUUGGGACUGCUUUCUGUCUGAAUAUAUCCAUUGGUCGAAACUGAGGUGUAUACCGCAUAGAGACACAAUUGUUCGUCAGAUAUCAGAAUUCUAUAUAUUUUCGUGUUACUGUUUAUUUUGCAGGGUGCCUGUUUGUUUUGUUAGGUUUUACAAGUGUUCGUAGGUUUCUGAAAACAUUGCUCCAUCCAGCAACACACCUUUGAUAGUCGAUGUUUGGUUAAGGACUUGCGGAAUUUCUUAUCCAUAUUGUGAUAUACAAAAUCUCUCGGUUGAAAAGUGAUCAUGUAUUAAUAGACAAUAAAGGAUAUACAAUUCUUAUGCUUGUUACCUGAGAGAGUAACAAGAAGAUUCUGAAUGUUAGAUUUUAGGACUUCCACUAUUCUGCAAAAAAAUAUUAACCAUCAGGAAAGAAUUUUGAAGUUAAGCACUCUGCAAUUCGCAAACCUUGUGCUAAACUUCACAAAUCUUCCCUCUGGUUGACAUUUCACUGUAAACAUCACCCAUGAGUGAUAAAGUAUUGAAAAAUCUCAACCCUCGGGAAAGAAUUUUGAAGUUAAGCACUCUGCAAUUCGCAAACCUUGUGCUAAACUUCACAAACCUUCCCUCUGGUUGACAUUUCACUAUAAACAUCACCCAGGAGUGAUAAAGUGUUAUUCUCUGGGAUAAAAGGAUAUUAAUUUAUAAAGUUCUGUAACAAGAAUGAGCAUGAUAUGAUUUUCAAAAAUAGACCUAAGUUGAGGUGAAUAUGUGGUUAUGUGUACCUGAGAAAGCGAUAAUGCUGUUUCCGAAAAAGUAACAGAGUCAAUAUUACAAAUCAGCAACCUGCACAUGAUUAUGAUCAACCAAUGAGGUUGUAGGGAAAAUGUGUGACAUCUAAUAAUCACUUUUAUGUCUCUAACUUUAAUUUGUUAAUGGGGAGGUCACACAGGAAUGGUGUAUUUCUGGAUGGAGCCAAUUACAUUUUAAACGGAGUGUUUAUCUUCCUUUCAGUAUAAUCACUGUCAUUGUAUUUUGAAUCUUUGGUUUUGAUAUGUUGUGUAACAUCAGAUUAAAAGGUUUAUGUCACAAUAAUCAUAAUUCAUAUUACAUCCAGUCCAAGCUGGUCUGGAAUAAGGGGGAUUGAUAGUAUAACGGUACACAGAUGGUACUUACUAGCACAACAAUUUUUAUUUUAUAAAAUUCUCUUUCAUAGUAUUAUCUUACUAGGUAUUGCUUGACUUUAUUUCCAUGUGAAAGUUAGAAAGCUUGCAUUUUGAGGAUACUUUAAAUACUAAAAGUUGUAGUUGUAUAUGUUUACAUGGUAGAUGUCAAAGGAUAAUGUAUGCAAAGCAUGAAAAAGGAGUUGUUUCUGUUCCCUGGUCAACUGGGGGUUCAUAUUAGAGAACUUAAGGUUUCUAUGUUGACCAUUGGGGUCUUAUGAUGAACUACAACACUUAUAAACUAUAGGCUCUAGAGAUGAACAUUGGCUCAUAGUGAACUUAAGGUUUCUAUGUUGACCAUUGGGGUCUAAUGAUGAACAACAACACUCAUAAACUAUAGGUCAUAGAGAUGAACAUUGGCUCAUAGUGAACUUAAGGUUUCUAUUAACCUUUGGGGUCUAAUGAUGAACAACAACUCUAAUAAACUAGAGGCUCUAGAGAUGAACAUUGGCUCAUAGUGAACUUAAGGUUUCUAUGUUGACCAUUGGGGUCUUAUGAUGAACUACAACACUUAUAAACUAUAGGCUCUAGAGAUGAACAUUGGCUCAUAGUGAACUUUAGGCUGUUACUGUGACAACUUUAAUAACAACACAACUACAGCUGUCAGGCAACUAAUUAGGCUAAAUGAGUUUCAAGGUCAUUAAAAUUGUUACCUCAUUAACCCUCAUUAAUCCUAAUAGUUGCUUUUUUUUUUAAAAUUACUUGAGUGUCUGGCCUGUGUUUCUGUGUUUAACCAGACAAUCUGUUCCACUGAUGAGUGAUCUAAUCCUCUGUCCCUCUAUAUGUGAUUCACUUGUCUGUUAUUCAAUGAAUACCUAGGUUGAAAUUCAAAAAUAAAUCAAACCUUUUCUUGAUCUCUUGAUUAUCUAGUCAAAUUCCAAUUAUUACGACUAUAUAAAAAAUGAUAUUAACAGCAUAUAUUGGACUGUAGUUCUUUGUAUUGAUAUAUAACAUUUCUGUGGUUAUGUAGAUAUAUUAAUAUAAAAUUCUGUGGGGAGGGAGGACUAUUGUACAAGGUAUAUUGGUCAUACUUAACAUAUGUACCGAUCAAAUAUCUAGGUCUGAGACCAUCUCUUUUCAUGAAGAAAAUUACUUGAGCUUGGAGCUAUAAGAUUUAUACACAAAGUGACAAUGAAUUGUUAAGACUGUAAAAUACAAAUUACUCCCACAUUGAAAGCACUAUCAAACGAGGCAGCUUUAGAUAGCAGUGAAUUUUCAGAGGGGGUGACUGUUCCCAUGUAUAUUGAAUUAUUUACCUUUGUCUCAAUUGAAGUAUUAUAGAAAAAUUAAGUUGUCAAAAAAUAUUAUUGCCAUAAUUUUGUCAAGUAUCUGAAAAAGCAACGAUUACUUAUCAAGAAUUUAUUUUAGUCGGACAGUAUUUACUGUAACUGUUUUGAUACAUUUAGAGACGAACCCUAGUAUCAAGGUCAAAUUGGGAAAUAAACUUAAUACCCUUUUUAGAACUGUUUAGGCUUAUCUGUGGUAAAAUAGGUGUAUAUGUAUACCCUUUGCUGAUUAUGUAAGCAUAUAAAUAUAGUGAGUACAAUUGUAAUAAUUUUCUUUCCAUCCUAUAACCUACCUGUUGUUGUUGUGGCUUACCUGUCCAUACAUACUCGUUUUUGUACGUGUUCGGUGCUGUACAAUUGUGUCCUAGCCCUACCUUACUAUAACCCAUUGUUGUAUGUGUGCAGUAUUGUAUAUGUGACUCAGUAUAUAUACUAAUUAUCUCAUACCCAGAUGUGUAGUGUUACUAUUUGAUAGUCAGGGGAGGAGAUAGCAACAUGUUUAGGAUUCAACAUAUUGUUUUAAACCUCUCAGUCACUCCUCUGAAUAUUCUUUAAAUUAGCUUGAUGUAAAGCUUCAUAUAUUUACAAAGAAACACUUGCAAUGAUACCUAUGAGAAGAAGCAUAAAUUCUCUUUUUAAAAGAGAAAUCUGCAGCUACUUUUUUUUGUUGCAGUUCUUUUAGUUCAAAAUCCCUUCGACAGUUUUCCUGAUUAAGAAAUAUCUUACUGUAUAAAAUGAAAUGUUUGAAAGUAUUUUCUUUCAUGGUUUGAAGCUAUUUAGGUAGUUUCACAGUAAAAACUUUCAUGGAUACCACAUAUAAAUAUUCAGUAAACCACAUCAAUCAAAUUCGCUGUAUUCAUUUUUGUGGUUCAUAGCAUCCAUGAAAACCAAGGUUUAUACACAACAAACAUUUCAUGUUAUACAGUACCUUACGACUUUUGUACUGUACCGGUGUAGUAAUGUUAGUGUUCUGAACCAUUAGUAAACUCCUGUUAACACAGCAGACUUUGAGCUGUAUGGUAAUUAUAUUGUAUUCCCAGGUACAGUGUUUAUGUACGGUAUGUUCCCAGUAGACGGCACAUUAUUGAUAGUGACUACACCCAACUUUAGGUAGUAAUGUAGUAGUAUUGGUGACAAUACUCUACUGUUAUAUUGUGGACUCCUGUUUCCAUUAGCUUUCGGUCUGCAUAAGAUCAGGAAUUUGUUUCCUAUCUGGAUUCUAUAUUUUGAAAGUCUGGUCUUCAACAUUUUGUACAUAUAAUUCUGUAAUUAAGAUUUCCUCGAUUCAAAUAAUGUAAACAUUUCUCUAUAAGGUAUUUCUAUAAAUCGGGAGUCCUUGUAUUAGCUGUAGUAAGUGUAUUACAUGUAGACAGGAAGACGGUGGCUAUGCCAUUUAGAGCAUAUAUUCCAUUUCAUGUCAGAUUUUUAUAUCGCCAUCAAAUAUCAUUGUAGCUUAGAUUAUAAUUUUUGUUGUCAUUGCCUGUAAUGAUUAAUGUCAUAAAUGCUAUUGUAUCAGUCACCAUCAAAAGCUUCACUCCCUUCUCGUUAUGAACUUGACUCAGUUAGGAGAGUCUAAAGCAUAACAUAAGGGUGAGAAGGAACAUUAUCAUGUUUAUGAUACUAACUUUCACACCCCUGUGAAGAUAUUGAGCUGGUCCGUAAAAUUGGGGGGUGAAGUUUUAUUUUUAUUUUCUUGACACAUCACCAAUCAAGUUACAAAGGCUGGUCCAGAUUAUUAUAAAACAUAUUUUCACUCAUCAAAAUUCUCACACUCUUUAAAAUAAACUACCUUGCCCCCACACCAAUUGUUGAACUCACCUACGUAUUCAUUACUGCUUACUGUAAACUUAUUCAAAGGCAAAAAGGGUAAAAAUAGAACGGAGGUGAAAACAUUCAACUUCACAGCUUCAUGGUUACAGAAUAUCAUACUUGCCUCUAUAGACAUUUUACCCACUGUAUAUUGUACAUAUUUUCUAAAAUAAGAGAUGGGAUGUAAAAUAUAUCGGAAAAUUUUCCAGUUUUCGUUUUUACACGAUGCAAUUUUGCGUUGUAUAUAUAAAAUAUAUUGGAACCUUCUCAUGAUGGGUCAAAAGAAAAUGUGCCUUUUAGGGAUAGAGAUACAUUGUAAUGUGACCUUUAGGGAUAGAGAUACAUUGUAAUGUGACCUUUAGGGAUAGAGAUACAUUGUAAUGUGACCUUUAUGUUAAGGCUGGACCAGAUCAGUCAGAGACAUGGGGGUGAGAAAGUUACCAUCAAUUGUUACCUGGACAACCGUGGUGAAACGGCAGUCAGCAUCACUGUUUGUUAUUAGACUAUAUGAAUAAAUCUUAUCUGCUCAGGAAACGGGCAGAGAAAUCAG